GGGAAGGAUUUUCUCAUCGGACUCUGUUGCUGAUUACAUAUUUCAGAAUAGACACUACACUGGUGAGUGUUUUCUUCACAAUUUAAAGCCUUAGGCGCUGACAAACGGAUAUUUAACAGCAUCAGUACAUAAGUUAAGCGUAUUUGGUCUCUGGUGUUUGUCAGUUUCAGACAGUAAAAUGUGAACUGUGAAAACCUGAUGAUAUUAAGGCCUGGGUAGCUGACGUUAGCAGAGCUACGCUAACAUCACACAACAACAGCAGACUAGCUCGGCGGCUAAUGAAACCUGAACAUCAACUUCCUCAGCGUGGACCUGCGUUUGCUGUUCUGUUUGUUCCUCAUUUCUUAGUUCCUGUUUUCUGUAAUGCAGCGCACUCUUUGUUCUCAGUUUUCUAUCUAACCUCCAUGGGCGUUGUUCAUAUAAAGUCUUGUGAAUUAAAUGUAAGGUGGUGUGAAAUCAAAAUUUGGAGUCAAGGCUCGAGCUCGGCUAAGCAACACAUGACGUCAUUUCACGAGAGAGGCACAGCUGUCCCAUAGAGCAGCAGCAGCUGCUGUAAGACAAUAUUCCUCACUAUGGUGAAAAUACCAGUUGACAUUGUGAUCAUUCACAAUGGUAAAACUAAAAGUUGAAGUUGCACUCUUCACAUUAAAAGAAAUCAUCUCAGGGUCAGACCGGCAGGCUCGGGGAGUAGAGGUGUUCGAGCAGAAGCAGUGUUUAGAUGCAGUUGUAGAUUUGAUUUGAUCAAACAUUAAUCCCAGAACCAAUAUGAUGUAGUUUUCAAAUACUACAUUGUAUCGUAAUAGAAGUAGAUGGUUUUGUAUAGGAGGGUGUCCCUGUCCAUAGAGGCCGACGUCUUGCACUGCCAUGUUUGUACAGUAGCAUUUGAUAGAUGUACUAUUAAAGGCCACACAUGUUGUUGAAUUUAGUGUUUGGCUGCGAAAAAAUGCACGAGAAGAAAGACAAAAAAAGGAAGUAACUGUCAUGUGCACAAGAACAUGCACCACAGGAGUUUUUUGUCCUCAAAGGCCACCAUUUUUUAUGGAACCUUACUGACUGGAGGGGUGAGCAAGGGGGCAUUUUAGUCUUGAAUUUGGAAAUAUCACAAACAUUUUAACUUCUACAAAUUUUAACUGUUUACAGUAUGUCAGGGGAAGAUAUGAUACCAAUCUUAGGAAAACAGAUUGGCUGAUGGCUGAUGUGUGAUGCUGAUGUCACAAUGUGUGAUUUUUAAAAAGUAAAUAGUGAAUCAGUUUGUUUUUCUUUUGCAUUUAACAAAACAAAACUAUUGAACAAUAUCAACAAAUGAAGAAGAAAUAGCUUAAAUUUAGUAAAUAUUUAACCACAUUUCUGAUUAACAGCCUGAAAUUGUUUAGAAAGACAAGUAAUACAUGUUAAAAAAUAUUGGGGUAAAAUGAAAAAGACAGCCAUCUACAGAGUCAUUGUUUAAUACACAGUGAAAUCUAGUACAAAUGGUUUUCUUGGCUUCUAAUGUUUUAGGUGGGUCAUUAACACAUCAGUGGAAAGACACAUGGUAAACGUGGCUUGUUGUCAUUCCUAAAUUAGGGUAUAAUGCAAUAUUAUAGCUAAGCCAAUGACUGUUUUGAAUUGGAUAUACUGUUAAUGGGUAGUUGGACAGACAUGUUGUCAUGUAGCAAAGAUGAUGAUGAUGUUGGCCUUUUGAGGUCCAAUGUCUAUUAUGUUAAAAUGCCAAUAAUCAGACAAAUUAAUCAGCUUGCCAAAUUAAUUGGUCUAUCUCUAAUUUCCACACACUGCAAACUGCCAUAAAAAUUUGACGUCAUCAGACACUACAGAACUAGUGAAUUUCCUCUCAGGGAUAAACAAAGUUCUUCUUAUCUUACUUCUUACAUGACAGUGUAGUUUGUGCAAUUGUGGCGAUUUGUUUUUAUAUCUCAUUUUAUGCUAGAUCAUCGUGGCAGAGCUACAUAAAAGUCUAUCAGUAGACAGGACUACUUUGAAGCAGAUUAGGUGACCAUUUUAAAAAAAUAUUUGUUGUUAAAUUUCCUAUCAACACAUUUUUAGAUAACUCCUAGCCACAGUAACCAACAUUUAAGUGAACCUGUCUGACAUGUUGUACUCCUUCUAUGUUUAUUCAUUGACAUUUAACAUGUAAUUAAACAGCAAAGAUUUUUCUCUCACGUUCUUUCUUUCUUUGCAAGCAGGUGGAGGGAUGAGUCUCUCCCCUGUGAUUGGCACAGAGGUGCCAGAAACAGCUAAUGGGGAAGUGACUCCCGUCUCUUCAGAGAAUGGCCCUCAUGUUCCCACCAUCUCUGGGAAAUGUGGUGAAAGCAGGGUGCCCUGUUCUGUGGAGGAAUCAGAGGACAGAGCCCUUAGACACACAGAAAAUCAUGUAGAUGUGGAAAACAUAGUUUACUAUGGCGAAGGCCGCUUGGACACCGAAACUUACCAUAAUGAGAGAACAUCUAGUUUAUCAUCUCACACAUCCAAUGUGACAGACCCCUCAGGGGAUUCAGAAUCGGGCUCCAAAGACACAGACAUUCCCGAGGCCUCAGACACUGCUGAGCCUGCUAGUGCACCACUGCGGUUGGACUUAAAACAGCAAGCACACUCCAAAGACUCAUCUUUACAAGAAGACCUUGCCAACAAUUACAGACAGCAGACAGAUGGAGAAAGUGUAGAUGGAAGCAUUGGCAGACAGGAAGAGGAGGAGGAGGAGGAGGAAGAAGAUGAGGAGGAGGAGGAGGAGGAUGGAGAGAAGGAAAAGCAGGAUGAAGAGGAUGAUGAGAAGAAGGAAAAAAAGUGGAGAAAUCAGCAUGCAGGAGGAAGAACAGAGGUGGAGGUAAGUGCACUGAGGGAAUGUGCAAGUUCAUAAGAUUAUGUGUACCAGUGAGAGUGGGGGGAAUAAUGGGAUCCAUGGAGAAACCACUGAGGUAAGGUGCACUGCAUGAAUCACAGGAAGGGCAAAGAAAUCACUCUCCACUAAGAUUCAGAGUGCUUUGAAUUAUCUACAACAUGGAUCAUCAUUUUUCUAAACGUCUGACUUUGAAGGUGUGGUAGACAGCCCUCAAGCAGAGUGAAAGGAUGGUUGAUAUGAAGCAGUAAACAGAUGUUGCUCUCAUCUUGUGUCUAAAUGACCUGUCUGCAUGAUUUGACCAGAUGUACUUAAACCUUCUUUCUUCUCUUCCACUCCACUCCUGGUCACACUCCACUCAACACUCUCUAGUCAUCACGACACUACUCCUCCUCAGCCCCUGGUCCCAGCACUUCGUCCUCGUCCUCUCCACCUCCUCUUCUUCCCUCAGAAGAUCUGCCCUGCCCUCCCCAUGUCAUGGCUCAGGUCUGGGUGCGCAAUGUCCGGGGAAUGCAGGACAGCAAGAGCCUGGAUGAAAUCAGCCAAGCGUGUGGAGGUUGGUAUCUUUUGGGUCAGUUUUUGCAUCCUAACUAUCUGAAGAUAAGCUUCCAUAUUUUAAGGACUCCAAAAUUAUUGUCACAAAACCUUCAAGUGAUUGUGGCAUGUGCUUCACAGGUGGUUCAGGAGCACGAGGAGGAGGCAGAGGUGGCCAAUCCGAGGGUCGAAGGGCCACAAUCUCCUCAGCUCUGGAGCUCGAAGGGACAGUCAGCCACGAAGGAGACUUGACGAACUUCAUCACCAAGAACCUGGAGCAGAAAAUCAAGAUGAGCUCCAAGCCCAGUCUGGACUGCAGUGACUGUGAGUAUGGAGCUUAAACAAACUUCACCACAUUCAUAUUGUUAUUUUGUAACUUGUAUAACCCACAACACAAUUUAUUGAUUCCACCUAAUAAUUUCAAAGUGAAUAGAAAUGCGGGCCAAAGAGGUAUGUGCAGGUAGAUGUGUGUUUUACAAGUGUUGGCACAAGAGGGUUCGCAUAUACACUCUAGUCAAUAUUUGUUUGUAUCAGUGUUCAUUUCAUUAUCAAAAAUAGUAGUAAUGAGUUGUCAAUGAACUUACUUCUAUGAUGACGAGGUGAUUAUAAGCUAAAAUCACAUUGUAGAAACUCUUAAUAUUUGUUUUGUGUUUGUCAGCAAAAUAGUUAGAAGACCUAAUUGUUGGUGGUGGAUCAUCAGACAUCCAAAAUCUGUGAUAUUAUCCUCUGAUGUGAACCCGAUCUCUCACUCAUAAUUCAAGCAUUCUUGUGACUGAAUGAAUUAGCAAGAUCUCUGACAGUCAGCAGCUCAGCAGGGACAGAACAGCAACAGCAUUACAUUGGUGGUAGAGUCUGGUCUAUGUUUUCCAACUAGCUAAAGUAUCCAGAUAUUACACCAAAUAAAAACAACAAGACAGCAAAAAUUGAAACACUGAGUACAACGCAGGUACUGUUUUAUGAUCAGCUGAAUGGAUGACUUCAAAACCAAAACAUCUUGACUGAAAGUGAUGACUUUGAUGUUUCUGACUAGACUGAAACUAAAAGGCCAAUAAAAGAGAAAUUGUUACUAAAACUUAUAAGCAUUUUCUUCUAAAGGUUGAGGACUCAAUUUAAAAUAGCUGCAGAAAUAAACACUACAUCCUGAUAGACAGACUGUGCUCAUUCAUGUCUGUUUUCUAUGACUCUGUGACAUUUGAGUGUAAGCUGGCUCUGUGGAACAGUUGUUUGAGUUUUCUUGUGCAGAGGGAGCUGUCAGACUUGGCAUCUCUGCAGGUUAAUAACAUUUUUUAUUGGUGGUAGUGCUGGAACUGCAUUGCAGGGUAUCUGACUUUGUCAUAACCACAGCCAGUUAUCCCCACAGGGGUGAACACACCCAGUCUGCCACUACUCAUCUUUUAUGCAUUACUUUGGACUUGUCCUAACCAUAAGAGGUAAUGGAUCCACUGUGUUAAGCAAAUGAAUAGCAGGGUCUGAUGGAUGCUAACAUGGAUCAUCUCCUCCCCUGUAGUGCUCAGAGUACAGCAGUAUGUAUUAGCUUCUUCAGGAAAAUUUGAAUUGAACUCAUAUCUAACACCUAUUUAAGACCCGAUUCUUUCUAAAUUGAUUCUUAACUUUGUAUUUAUCCUUUUUUCUCUUUGUGACCUGGCCCUCCUUUUGAUCUGAGCACAUCUAUGUUAGCCUUUGUAAGAGAAUACAAGACUGUAGGUUGUUUAACCAGGCUGACUAAUGCUGGGCUUCCACCAAACGAUUUUCACAGUCCCAGACAUAAAAAUUGAAAGUCUGAAGUAAAUCCUGGAGUUUUACUAGAGUCACAGCGCAGUCACAGUGCGCUCCCGUCAUCUCGAUCGUCAAGCUUAAGGUGGUAAUCAGCACUGUUUUGUAUCAGUCUUUUCCUAGUCUUGGGUCUGCGACAAUAUCAAAUGUGUUUGAUGUGAUCGCAAAUCGCAGUGAUGUAACACAACCAACAACCGGUAGAUGAGCUCUAGCAGAGAAGGAAACCUGACAGUCAAAACAAGAAGAACAAGAAUCUAUGAAGAAUAACGGGAUAAAAAAGGAGUGGAUAGUGGAGCUGUGGGGAGAUCAGCCUGGCCUGUUCAACAUCAACCACAGGGUUUCCCUACAUGUAAUGGCGCACCACCAUGGCUAAAUAAAAGCCGCCACAUCUAAACAAUGACGUUUUUUUAAGCGCUACCUCGGACUCGGUAUGUAUCAAUAUACGCAGCACACAUGGGCUGCACCACGGGGCGUGCGUGCUGAGUAUUAACAUUACUGAGUUCAUAGUUGUCAGAUGUGAACACACAGCUGAUUAACGAGCCACCCCCCCUUCGAAUCACACACCACCACAGAUAGAUUCCCCACCAGUGGGCAACACUGAAUUGUCAAAAAAGGCUAAAUGAAUCUAGUUGUAGUCUUGUAAAUAGUGACCCUGCAAGAUUCACAGUCUUUGUAAAUCUCAGUCUGAGACUCAGUCUGAGGUGAUAGUUUUCCAGGAGUCUUUUCCAAAUCUUCUCAAAGUCCUCUGAAGGAAAGCUGGCCAAAGUGAAAGUGAGGCCCUUAAAUGUCAUGUAUAAGUGCACCCACAGGAUGUGAGGAAAAGCUGCAGCAUGUAAAGGCAUGUUUAAUAAUGCAGUAACAAGAUCACUCGCAAUAAAUUAGCUGAUCCUGAAGCAUGCUUACAUUGUAUGAUGUUACCGUUCUUAUGUCUUGGCCCUGUUAGGCAUGUUUUAAAGAGUUCCUGACUUUGUCACACAUUCACUUGACACCUACUGCAUUUUGAAAUAAUUCCAAAAUGCAGAGCUGUGUUUGUUUUUCCUCAGGAGGCCUUUGUUAACUUUAUUCCCACUGUCUUUGUUUUACAAUUCCUGUCUCGGGGAGAUUUUUAGAUAAUGAUUAAAUUUAACUAAGAGUCAGACUUUGCCCUUGGUCACACUAUCUUUUAUCCGUUUCCGGGUAAUUGAAUUGGCCUGAAACAGUUUUAACACAGCUGUAGAAGCUUAACCUCCAGAAAUGGACACAGAUAGGAUUCUUUAGAAGGUGACACAUACACAGGUUCUUCAUACAUCAAAUCCUUUUUAUUAAUGUAGCAGGUUGACCAGGUCUAUUAGCUGCAAUCUGUCUUGUCAAAUUUUCUACGGGUAAGACAGAAAUUGCCGCUCCUCUUUCAGAGAAAAAACCCCUUUGGUAUACAGUGUCAGUAAAACCAGCCGUUUCAUUUAAAGACAGGAAAACAGUCAAUGUGCCCUGUGUGGCAGGCAGCCACUCCCUCUACCUGCUGAUUCAAUUAGGAUGGAUGACUCAGACUUUGUUUAGACUGGGGGGAUUUAUAACUGAGGCCCCGCUGCAGCCUGACAGGAAUCAUUUUCAGAGAUGGAAACCUGUUUCAUUUGGUCCACCGGCUGCAGGCAAUUUGUCAAUCCAAAGAUGGAUUGAUUGAAGGCACACAUGUUCCGCAAGAUUGGUGCCUUCAUUAGUUCAAAUCUGUGCUGGCACUAUUUUAGCAGGAGCACAUGUCUUUUCAGUUGCCCUUGUGAGUUGAUUUGUCCAUGUCUUUUUUCAACACCAUGUCUUUGAGCUUUGUGCUCGCACAGAGAUUGAGCUGGCUGUGUGGUCCCUGACAUCAGUUCCUUUAAACGUCUCAAGUGGAACCUGUAUCUCCUUCAUUCAUCAUUGAAAGUCUGUUGUUGACUGUGAUUUGACUUUGAGUUUUGCUAAGUUUUUUAAAGCUUUUUUUUUAAGUCAAGGUCUUUUAAUUGUUUUUUUUUUUUGAACAGUUUACAGCAAACAUAUAAACAUCAAUGAUGUGCAGUCUCAUUUUUGAACAGUGAAACACCUCCCCUCCAACCCAAAGCUCCAACAGAGCCCCUUUCCCAAUGUACUCCAUUUAACCCUUGUACCUUCUUUCCUCAGAAUCCCUAAUCUGGUAUUAGUGGCACGGAACUGCCACUGUCACUUAGUGGCCUGUAAAAUCAUCUAUAAAUGAAAAGUUGCCCUUUUCUUAUUAUGGCUGUCAUUAUUGACUUCUGCUCUAACCACUCAAAAGAAAAAAUCACUCAGUUUCAAACUUUUAACCCCUUUAAUUUUAGUGUAAACACACCGUAAAAAAUGCCAAAAAUUUUAAAAAGUGGUAAAAACAUUAAAAGAGUAAUGCAAAAUCAAAUUUCUUUGUGCAAGAUUAUCAGAACCUAUGAGUGGUAUAAGUAUGUGUAAAAUUAGUUUUAGUUGCAGUUUCAGUUUUUGUGUCACAGCAGAAAAUAAAAAAAAACGACUAAUCUGGCAUUAGUGGCACGGAACUGCCACUGUCACUUAGUGGCCUAUAAAAUCAUCUAUAAAUGAAAAGUUGCCCUUUUUUUAUUAUGGCUGUCAUCAGUGACUUCUGCUCUAACCACUCAAAAGAAAAAAUCACUCAGUUUCAAACUUUUAACCCUUUUAUUUUAGUUUGAACAUACAACGCAAACGUGUGUGUGUGUGCUUGCGCUCAGUGGAGCUAGUGAAGCGAGCUAACCUGACUCCGCCACGUGGUGGCGAUCGCUGUGUGUGCGCGUGUGCUUGCGCUCAGUGGAGCUAGUGAGUCGAGCUUUCCUGACUCCGCCACGUGGUGGCGAUCGCUGUGUGUGUAAGUGUGUGUGUGUGCGUGUGUGGAGUGUGUGUGUGGGGUGUGUGUGUGUGUUUGUGCUUGCUUACGAUCGGCGGAGCUGAGGGAAGGUAUCUCCAGAACAGGUGGCGCGGCACAGUAAUUAGUAUGAGAUACGUCGGACUGCCGGAUGCAAAACCCCGUUAACCGGAAGAAGAAGAGGUCGGCUACCACCUCCAGAGCAGCCAGCGGCUCCCCGCCUUUGCUGCCGCGGGCCUAAGGCUAUCUGAUCACGGGUAACGGGGCGGCUGUACCCGGGGCAACCUCGGACGCUUGGGGCGCAUGUGCCAUGAACGCAAUCGCUGGCUGUGACGAGCGCGCGCAAGAUCAUGCGCGUGCACAAACAUUUGCACACGAACACACACGACCAUGCACACACGGAAAACACUAACACAUGAAAAAAAAUACAUGCACACCUGAUUUAUUCACUUCUACAGUCUACUUUUGUUUUUUUGCAAAAAAUGGCCUCUCACUGAAGGUCAAUAACGGAUAUGAAAACAAAUGAAAUUUCAGCAUUCAUGAUUUGAAAAAAUUGAAUUGGAAAUAGACUCAAGAUAAAAUGCAAAAAAAUGGGGGGUAAAAUCUGAUUUGAACUCUUGUGGCGGUAUAUUACAAACAGGUAGCAGAUUUUCCUUCCAAAAGACUGCAUCUAUCAUAGGCUGUAGUUUACGGGUGUGUCAAACUGCCAAAAUGGUAAAAAAAAACAAAAAAACACCAGAAUAACAAAUUUGAGACAGUUUCAUGCCCAAAUAAAGUAAAAUGAUAAAAAUAAAAUAAAAAAUUGCUUCCUUUUAUUAGAGAUAAAGUUAUGUGCAUUUUUUGAUUUUUGAAUAUUGUAAUUUUUGUCAAAUUCCCAUAAGGAAUAAUGGGGUUUUGACCACCUGGCUAGAUCAGCCUCUAUUAUUCAUGAAAAAAAAGGUGCACCUUGUGGCUGAAAGUGCACAGUGCAUCUUUAAUGUCUUCUGAAAAGGGGGAAAACAGUCUUUGCUGAAAUUCAUUUUUUCCCACUGAUAUGGGUAUAUGUAAAGACAAGUGGUUUCCCAUUGGAAUGCAUGGGGCACUUGUGUGGCGCUAAUACCAGAUUAAGCAUAUUUGAAAAAAAAACACACAACCAUAGGGUUUUUUUUCUUCAAUUUCACGUAUAUCAUGCCUCAUCACAAAAUACACAUUUUCUAGGAAUUUCUUUGCAAGGGCAUUAAUAGAAAAAAAGUUGUAGCAUCAAAGAGAAGGCCUUACCCCUCCAGAAACCUUAAGAAGGUACAAGGGUUAAUAAAAGAAAAAAGAAAAAAAAUUAAAAUUAAAUAUAUGCAAAUAUGCACAAAAUCAUACAUAUGCCAGAUGGCAUACAAUUUCUGGUCAUUGCCUCUUGUGAUGUAACGUGUUUACUCAAAUGUCAAAUGAUCAAUAAUAUUAUUUAUCCAUGAUUUAAAAGUUGGAGGAUAUUUUCUUUCCAUUUAAACUGUAUCAGUGGACGUGCGAGAAGAGAGCCAAAAGCUAUCAUAAUCUUUGACUGACGGCUGAUACGUAGAUCAGGUGGUACAACUCCAGAAAUUGCUUUUAUAGGAGAAGGUUUUAAGGAUAUCUUCAAAACAUCUGUAGAAGUUGUAAAUAUCAAUUUCCAAAACUGGUCUUGUUUUGGGCAGGAACAAAACAUAUGUGCGAGGGUGCCUGGUGCUUGUCUACAUCAGUCACAUAUGGGAACAAAAGCAGGAGCAUUUUACAUAGCCUGACUUUGGAGGAUGGAGGCGACGCAAAAUCUUGAAUUGAAUCACCGCAUAUCUUAAGCAAAUAGAAGAAGAAUCUAUUUUUUCUAAAGCUUCUUCCCAGACUUUCUCAAAAAACUCUGUCUCCAAUUCUUCUUCCCAACAUUUCUUUAAGUCAAAGGUUCCACGUCUUAAGAAUUAAUUAAUAAAGUUGCUACAUUUUUGUCUUUUAUUUAGUGGUUAUUUAGUGUUUCAUUUGAUGAAAUUACAAAUGAAAGUCUGUAUUUGGUCAGCGUUGUUUGGAGGCCUAUAGACAUGAAUAAAUCAAUCAUUACAAUCAUUAUCUGUCUUACCAGCGGACUGCUCAGGUCCCAUAUACCGAAGCCGGGGGCUGACACGGAGACCAGCAGACAUCCCUCCGAUUGACCCUGCUGUCCUAUUGGAUCUUCAGAAGCACACACAGGAAGUGGCUCAAAGUGUGGAGAUGAUGAUGCGAAGCCUCAAUGGAACCAUCCAGAACGUGAGUUCCAAACUAGAUUAGGAAGUGAUAUUUGCAGUGCUGUUCAAGCCCCCCUCCCUUGUUGUCUUUGACACUAGCUAGUUUUUUUUGGAUCAGCCUCUCAUUGGUUUGUUUCUCUCUAUUCCUCCAGAUGACCGCCUUGAGUGUUGGCUACAUUCAGACCUACAGAGACUCAGUUGACAGUCUGGGGGAGUCUGUGGACAUGAGUAUAAAGGUGAAUUUUGUCUUGCUUUGUGUUUGUUUGUUUGUGACAGGAAUUAAGUGCAUGCAUUAAGUAAUUCUUUUAAACUUCCUAAAUUACAGGGUAUAGUAAUCCUUUAAUUUUUGCCCAGGACUACAAGAAUGUAUUUCACAGGGCAUAAACUAUUUUGGGGGGAGAAACAGGAAAUGUAGACCGUGGGGGUGACGAGCACUAGGUUCUGUUUGAUCUUGGAAUCAAUUCGACAGUCAGUGCGAUGAAGACUGUAGCAAGUACAUAAAGUACCUGAGGGAGCAGACCACAGAGUGGCCUCGACAUAACCAGUCUGUCUUUGAGUAAGCCAGCUGAGCAAAGUCUGAAGUUUGACUCACAGAUGCCAUCAUGAAACGGGAUUAUAAACUUGAGAGGAAAUAAUGAACACAGACAAAAAAGUUAUUGUAGUGUUGCUGCAACCCAGGAAGGAAAGGAAAAAAAAACUGUGCCACUCUGUAAAUGAAUUUAUCAGUUUUACCACAUGAUAAAGGCCGAGUGCCACAUAAUUGACGGGUGCUGAGUCUAUCAGCAAAAAAACAAGGGGAGGGAGACGGGGCAGGGGCUAUUUAUGAACAAAGCAAAUUAAUGAAGAUGGACGGGACAACAUAACCAGGUCUCACUGAGUGUGGAGUAAGUGGAUUUGGCCGUGUUAAAAGAGAGCCAGCUCUGAGACACAUAGAAACUUUCAGUUUUGGCUCAACACAACUGGCUACUCUUACACACACACACACACACACAUCCACCCCAUCCCAUCCCACUGUCUGCCACCAAAGCCAAACCAGAGCCCCAACAAACAUUAAAAUAGACUCUGUAGAGACCCAAACCAGGAAUGUGAAAUGUUGAAGGGCCACAGAGGCUUUCAACUGUGUAAUAGAAAGGACAUUACAGUAUGUCGCCUCAGGGCAACUGUGGACAAGUCUGUCCAAGUCUUGAUUCCCUGUGCCGCCAUCAUUUUAUCUCCCUCUGGUUUAUGGCUGAUGUCUUUAUUUGAGGAUUAGCUUUUUCAUGGCUUGUACUUUUUUCCUCCUUCAGGGCAUGUACACACUUAUGGCUCGCUGUGAGGAGCUGGAUCGUUCCAUGCAGCCCAUACACACCUUGGCUGCACAGAUCCGUGACAUCAAACGCACCCUGGAUGCUCUGGAGGCGAUCUGCAAAUAACUCUACCGGUCCGGUACAAAUAACACACAACCCAGCUGCACAGCUCUGACAUCAAGCACACCCUAAACAAGGCUGCCUGCAAGUAAUCCACCCUCCUGCAGGGAAUAUACACACACUGCAGCGAAGAUUCAGUACUCCUCUGGAUCCCAGGAACCAUUGCUAUUAGGCAUGCUGGAUGAUUGCGCUCUUUGUCCCUCUGCUUGUUCAUUGUUUGAAGGUGACCCCGUUUGUGUUGUAAGAAUAUGGUCGAGUUGGCCUUGAUUUGUUCUUGGGGCUGAGCUGUCUCGUUUUUAAUUUUUUAAUGAAACAACCUCACUUUCUCUAAAGAAUCCAUCAUGAAACUCACAAUUAACCGGUUUGGGAGAUGUUUUGCCAGGACACAUAUAUACACACAUGCACUUACACACCUUCAAAUCCAAUAAAGGGGUGGGUAGAUACCCUUUUCUCCCAACUCACACUCCAGGGUGAACUCGCGCGUUGUUAUCCGUCCAGCCCUCUUGGUUCAGAUUGCACUAACCUUUCCUUCCCACAUGGGGGCGAUGUCUUUCUCUUUGUCUGGCUGAUGGAGAGGCCAGUAGGAACUGCUCAGAAGACAGUGACUUUUGCACAGGAACAGAAAGUCUAUUUUUUAAUCUUAUGCAAAAAAGAUCAGAUUUCUUCACUGCAGGAUAAAAGAGGGCAAGGGAGCAUUAUUGUCUGUACGUCUGUCUGCUUGUGUGUCUGUCUUUUUCAUGUGUUUAUUUAUUUAUUCAUUUUCUCAGCAUGCUCAUGUUUUUCAAAUAUACUGGUACUUGGUGUCACUUGGGACUGACCAGUUUGGCUGGAUUUCUCCCUCUGACAACCACUGAACAGCUUCACUGGAGCGUUUGAAGUCAAAGCUCAAAUCCAACUUAAAGGUACUCAAAGAAAGUCUGAAGAAAGUCGUUUGUUUUUUUUCUAAGACUGUCUGAGUGAAAAUGCAUGUCUGCUUCCUUACCUGUAUUCUUUAAUUUGGACAAAGAUUGAACUUCCUCACCUGUCACGUAGCAGUCCAAAAUGUUUGUAAAAAUGUAGCUGGAAAACUAUCUUACAUAGCUUUAUGAUGCGACUUUAGGUAUAAAAGCUCACUGAACCUGGGAUUUGACUUUGAAAUGUCUCCAAUUCAAAGAGCAUUUGCAUUAUUUAACCAAUUUGAAGAUUUUUCAUGAAAUCUUUUAGAAGCUCACAUGUUGCUCUGAGCAUCAGUAACUGGAUCAUGGUUUUCAGCUCUGAAUUACCCAACUCAAAAACAUAUACAGUCAUGACAAACACACCAUCUAAAACCAUGAAAUUCUUGGAGCCAGAUAAGAAUUUGCAGCUAAUCUUCAGCUCUAUAUGAAUUACUUUGGGCUUUGGACUGUAAUCGAGUUUUACUUACGUUUCUCAUCAUGAAUAAAACUAUUCAUUCUGCUUCAGCUGCUUUAAUAUGCGAAGCUUACAAAUGAAAAUCCUGCAAAUUUGAUUCAAAUCAGUUCAGGUCUGUAACUUAUUGUAUGGCUUUGUCACAGAAGAAUAAAACAAUCAGAAGUUGAACUGCUGUGCGGCAUCUCCUCGCUUAUUUUUGCUUCAACACAGCGGACAGGACUCUUUCUUUCACCAAAGAAAAACUUCAUUUGGGAAUAACAACUGGUAGGAUUUUCUUUGCAGCCUUCAGAUCUGAAGAAAUUUUGAUUUGUUCUGCUUUUAACAGAAUAAAAAGGAGUCAUUUCUGUUCGUGUUUUACUCAUUGUUGAAUCCACUGAACAACUGCAGGGUCGUCUUUUCUUGACUAAGCCGAAGCAGUUUGUUCUCAUAAAGCAUUGUACCUGAAGAAGAGACUGUGGUUUGUCUGUCAUUGCACUGGUGUGUAGCCUUGUACUAGAUUAUGCUAUUUGUACUACAGUGUCAUACUUUUACAUGUGCACUUGUUACUGCUGGCAGAAAGCCUGUAACCUGACAUGAGUGGUGAUGGUGUUGUGAUAACUCUGUUAAACUUAACUUUUUCAGAUUUCCAACACUCUUACUGAAAGAUUUUCAAAUCAACUACUGAUGUGGAAUUUGGGAAAUUCAAUCAGCUGAGUCAUGUUAGGGCAAUACUGCAGGCAAAUAAAGAAGACAUUUUAUAAUUGGCCUUGUACUGUCACUCAAUGCUACACCUGCUGAUGUGUUUUCACCACUUCUACAAAAGGUAGUUAUUGGCUUCCCCAAAAGCCCUUAACCUCCUGCUACUUUCCCUGUUAGCAAGGAUUCAAGAAAAUUGUCAGGAGACAUACAACUAAGAAAAGUAGCACCAUUGAAGAGCUGGCAUUCAAGAGAAAAAAGAUCCUGGAUCCCCCUGAUGUUACUGAAAUUGGUCAAACUUGGUUAUGGUUGUACACCUUUUUGCAGAUAAGAGUAAAACUGUCCAGAAAACCGAUAUUUUGGAGUCUUAGUAGAUUUCUGAGGUGUGAGAGGACCUAAAGAUGGAAGACAUGAGAGGAAAUGACAUCUUGUCAUCCAUGAUAUUAUAUAUAUAUAUAUACAUAAUAUAUAUAUAAAUGUAUAAUUAAUUUCUGUUGUAAAAUCAGAUGCGCCUGUGUACAUAUUGAUCUCUUACUGUAACUAAAAAAUGAUUUAGAUACCCUUUGUCUUGAGUGUAUAUUUUAAUGAAAAAUAACAAAUAAAUUUACAUGAGCUGCAAAAA